AUGGCCAGAAGCAAAGAAGAGAGCCGGUCAAGUGAGGGAAUGGGGUAUCGAGGUAUUGCCGUCUUGUUCGCUUCUGCCUCUGGACUGCGUCUUCUAGAGGCUCGCUCGCCGUGCGGACUUGGUCUGAUGUUGUACCUCUUCUCGAACAGCAAUUACUCGCCAUAUGGAAGAAAGCGCGGGGAAAGGAGCGGGACGCCCUCCUCUGGGGCGACGAGAACGAAGUACAGCUCACUAAAUUAUUACUACAAGGUCGAAUAUCUCGUCGUCGCAGUCGAUGAUAAGGAGGAAAAAGUACGCUUGUCUCUGUGCCAGGCAGAGAUCCUCAAGGCGCUUGCGCAGGAUGCCGAGCUCUCCAAGCAAGCUGCAGCCAAUGGAAAUGCAUCAGAAGAGUACAGUCUCUCUCUCAAAAGGAACAGGAAGAGUUCACGAGUUACGGCCAAAAACCACAUGGCAGCGAAUGAAUACCCCAUCACUCUUACUACAUUCCCCCGUCUAGGCUGCAGUGAUGACUUUACUUCGCCGACAUACUCGCUGUCGGGCCCGGCUCUACGCUCACAGUUUGUUCCCGAUGAGAUAGCAAACCCUCACAUUCGAUUCCCCACUCUAGCUGCCAACAUCCGUUCGCGCAGAGGGAGAAAGGUCGAGCUAAAUGUGCCGGUAUUCAGAGACACAAAUACCCCAUGGCCGUUCAAGGACCCCACCGUCAACUAUGACCUGCACAAUUGGCCGGAGGAUGACGAUGUGCGGAACGGAGCCGCAAAAGAAGGCCAUGUAUACAUGGACGCCAUGGCAUUUGGCAUGGGGAGCUGUUGUCUGCAGAUUACUUUCCAGAGUAAGAAUAUCACCGAAGGGAGGAAGUUAUAUGAUCAGCUGAGCCCGCUGGGGCCUAUACUGUUAGCCCUGACCGGGGCAACCCCGAUAUACAAGGGGUUCUUGGUCGAUACCGAUGUCAGAUGGAACCAGAUUGGUAACGCAGUUGAUUGCAGGACACGAGAGGAGCUGGGAGAAGUGCCCCUUAAAAAUGAUAGAUGGCGUAUUCCAAAGUCCAGAUAUGCUUCAAACUCGACUUAUAUAUCGCAAGACCCCCACCUUCGACCAGAGUACAUGGAUCCUGAUCUUGUGAUCGACGAAGAUAUCAAGAAGAAAUUGAUGGACGGUGGCAUGGAUGACCUUCUAGCAACCCACUUCGCCCACCUGUUCAUCCGUGACCCCAUUGUGAUUUUCAACGAAGAUCUCCAGGAACUCGAUCUCACCAAGACUGACCACUUCGAAAACCUCCAAUCAACUAACUGGCAACACAUCCGCUUCAAGCCUCCGCCCGCAGACAACGACAUAGGCUGGCGUGUCGAGUUCCGUCCCAUGGAGAUCCAAAUCACCGACUUUGAAAACGCCGCGUUCAGCAUCUUCAUGGUCCUCAUCACCCGUGCCAUCCUCAGCUUUGACCUAAACUUCUAUAUACCCAUCCCCAAAACCACAGAAAACAUGGAAACAGCACACGCACGCAACGCUGUUCUAGAUAAAAAGUUCUAUUUCCGCAAGGACCCUUUCCCUCAUCGCUUCCCUAGGUCUCAGCGCUACCAAUCUCGUCCUUCCUCUCCACCGAACUCUAACCCUCCUUCUCCCCCGCCUUCAACAACCCCUUCUUCCCCUCUCUUACUCCCUAUUGAAUCAGAGUAUACCCUUAUGAGCGUUAAUGACAUCAUCAACGGCUCCUCGGACGGUUUCCCGGGCCUCAUUCCGCUAGUAGAAUCAUACCUGGACAGCCUCAACGUCGAUGUUGAGACAAGAUGCGCUCUUGCUAAGUAUCUUGAUCUCAUUCGUUGUCGUGCUGACGGCUCAUUGUGGACCAACGCCAAAUGGAUAAGAGAGUUUGUCGCAAAGCAUCCUGAUUAUAAGCACGACAGCGUUGUCUCAGCGAAGAUCAGCUAUGACCUUGUCAAGGCCGUGGAAGAGAUCACGGAGAAGGAAGGGAAGGAUGGAAGUAUAGGAUGGGAGAUGUUUACUGCAAAGAAACAUUAA